CACGAUGCAUAAACUCAUCUUCAUCUGUCUGAUGUGUUGGUGUUGCGCCUUACAGACAACUGGACUCGUGGUUACCUUGCAAAAAGGACCCAAAAACACUAGCGUUACUGAAGGCGUUACGGUCACAUUAGACUGCAUAUUCCAUGGCCUUAGUCCAAGCUUUGUGUAUUGGUACAGACAUGAAACUGCUGAAGUCAUCAGCUUGAAUAGUUUCAUCAGCAGCGACAUUGAGCAAGACAGGCAGACUAGAUACAAAAUCAUCGGCAACAUUUUCAAUUAUAACUCCUCACUACAGAUGAACGAUGUGAAAGUAACCGAUUCCGGUACAUACAGCAUUUACUCCGACGUUUCCUUUCGCAAUCAAGACCAUAUUGCAACAGCUACACUAACAGUGCAUCCCAAUAAACUUGGUAAUAGCAGUUCCAUACCGAGAUGCAUGUUGUCCGCGGCACCGGCACAGAACACUGAAAAUGGUAAUUUAGUUAACCUCACGUGCCUACGAAACACAGACCACGACUUUGAAGGUUCGUUAACACCAGAACUGAUCUGGUACAGGGAGUCUCCCGAUGACGUCAUCAGUGAGCCACAAAGAGACCAAUCAAUGAUGAGUCUCUAUCUUCAUCCUGAAGACAAUGGAGUGGAAUUCACCUGUAGAUUGCAGUAUCCUCAACUGGGGGAACUUGGACGCACAGUCGGGGGAGAAUGCUCCAUGAUGCCGCUGCGUAUACUGCCGUCAUCGUGGAUUGAACCGUCAGGCGAAGUACGAGUUCAAGAAAACAGUGAUGUCAUCUUCAGUUGCAAUGGAACGGGUAUCCCGGCCAUAACGGCAUACCAGUGGAGGACACACCCAGAGCUCCCCUUGAACAGAUUCGAGUUAAAGAACGAUGGAAGAGUGCUACGGAUAAAAGACUUACAGAAAGAAGAUGACGCACUGAAUGUGACCUGCUUGGCUCAAAUCGCAUCAGGACUCACAGGCGAUGUAUCAUCAGCAAUACUGAAAAUCAAUGGCAGUAACACAACAAACAUGCCGAACGACAUGUUCAAUGUACCAGCUGUUAUUAUCCCGAUCCUCGUAGUGAUCGUAGUUAUGAUUUUGCUGGGGAUUAUUUGGAAGUACAUUCAACACAAACGCAAGAACACACCGGUCUCGAAAAGCUCAAAGGACGCCGCCAAGUCCAGAUCCUCCCCCAGAGAGGAGGGUGGAGUUCCCGCCACGCCUUCACCUCUACCACCCCGUCUUGCUCACUACGACUACCCAUCUACACCCUCUUCAACUCAUAGUUCCCACUCCAAUAAGAACUACAUAUACACAGAUCUUGAUUCCAACAGUCAUCAUGAAUAUUUGGAUCUAACUGGUAUCGGUAAAAACCAUCAUUUGAAUAACGAGAAUGAGUACACGGAUUAUCUGCCAACAGAGGGCGCUACAGCUAUCGCCACCGCGACACAAGAUCUAGAUGCAGAUGAUUACGAAACUUUUGAAAUAGGCAAUUAAUAUUUUCGAAUUGAUAUAUAAAGAAUAAUGUUUCACCACUGUGUCAAAAGCGAUCACCGUUUUAAAAGUCUCUUUAUAUAUGCCAGACGAUCGUCCGUCGACCAUGCACCUGAAUUUUAAUUACUGAGAGACAAUUUUUCCUCCAAAAGAUAAAACAGGAAAUGUACUUUUUUGGUAGGUUCAGCAUUAACAACUAUAUUUAUAACUCUUUGGAUUUUUGACAUAUAUUGUCUCUGUUUGCCCUCGUUCGAGUUGGAGUCAUCGAGUGAAAAAUAAUUACUAAGUAACUCUUGCGACAUGGAAAAAAGGUUUUUGAGUGAACUUCUGCGUCCAUUAUUUAACGGUGACUCAACACAUUCAUUGGGGUUUUCAAAGUCAAGCGCCUAACUCGAAGUGUUGUAGCGUGAAUUGAAACAGAAAGCUCCAAUGGAUUAGUACAAGUUCGAAAUCAUUUGCAAAGGGAAUUUGUUCUUCAAUUAUUGAAAGUAACUCGGGCCGGCCUGUACACAGUAGUCGACAGUGCAAUAAUGGACCGAUCCAGUAAGCAUCGCCCCAUCCCCAUGGUGGUCUGACCAAUCACAGCCGUGAUUUAAGUCCGACGUGCGUGCACAAAAGUCCAACAUGCGCGCACGCGCGUAUGAUGCGCGCGGCAGGAAAAUGCAGUGUGGCAUUGGAGAAAGUACUAGGAGCACUUGUUAAUUUUCCCAGGUGCGCAGUGGGCGGGACUUACUGGAUCGGUCCAUUGUAAGAAUAAUUUCAUAAGGUGACAGAUGGAAUGUUCCAGAGGCGAAGCUGAGUGGAAUGGAACGUUCCAUCUGUCGCCCAAUGAAACUAUUGCUUUCAUUGCACGAAUGUGAUACUUGUACAUUCAGAUGCCCGAAUAAAUCCUUGUCAUCUGAUUGGUCAGAGUCACAAUUGGUGGACCGCGCGGAGACCGCGAAUUAUUCCCCCCCCCCCAAAAAAAAUGUGAUCAACGACCGACCAAUCAGAUGAUGGGGAUUUGGUCAAGCAUUGUAUAAAACACUACACCACUCACUUUAGACUAGACUAAACUCGUUACAUUCCCUUUUAAAAUAUAUUUAUGUCUGAUGUGUAUAUAAGGUAAAAAGUAUCGUGAUGGCGUUGUUGGUUAUAAAGUUAAACUCAUUAAAUGAUGUUUUCUGCAAGUGUUUAGUUUUAAUUGCUGAACAAGAAAGUAUUUAGUUAAAGUAUGUAUUUUUAAACCUGGCCAUGAUUCGACUAGACUCACUUCCAGUCUGAAUGAGGUUUAGAACAUUAUUGUAUUAUCAGCAAGUUAUAUGUAUUGAUAUGGGAUGGGCAGUUCGUUGAAAUGGUCGAAA